CGCGCCAAGUGCAAACCCCAACGCCGAGAAUUCGCUUUUUUUUCUAAAGGGGCGUAUUUUUCUUGCCAAUUUAAUUACAAACCAACAUUCAAUGCACACGAUACACUCUGCAAUAAUGUCAGGCGCCUAUUUGAAACACUCAGGUACCAUGUCAAGGUGAUAGCGUAGUGUAAAACAUACAGGAUGUGUGCUUAGGAGCGUUUUUGUGGGAAGUCUCAUCAAUGGAGGCUUGAGGAAGCCCGUCUCGCUACAGAAGAGGACGCUGUCGCCCCUGGAUAUGACCGGCAUUCCCUGUCUUUUCGAGCGAUCGAUACAAGAGUACCUAUGACUAUUCAUAUUUGAACAAUUACAUAGAAGUCAUCUCCAAUGAGGAAGUUAAGGAAACGAGUUGGCCAGUCCCGGGCUGGAGGCUUUGGGAGAGGGAUGGUCAGAGGAGAGGAUCAGGAUCAAGUUGGUCCAUCCAGCCAUGUCGACAUGGAAGCUCUACUCUGUCCACCUUCUCCAUGCAGACUAAACUUCUCUCCAACGAGAGACACACUUACAUAUGCACAGGCUCAGAGGAUGGUGGAGAUCGAGCUGGAGGGAAGACUCCACCGGAUCAACAUCUGCGACCAGCUCUCUGUAGUAACCGAGGACGAGAUGCUGGCUCAGGAUCUGACAGAGUGCAACAGUAACAAAGAGAACAGUGAGCAGAGGCAGGGAAACAAGCAAACUGCAUCUAAAAGCAAAAAGAAAGAUGGCAAACACACACCCAAAAAGAAAUCAGGUGGUCAGUAUGGUUUGCAGGGGCAGGUUGCACAUUUACAAGUGCCCCUGCCUAAGCCAACGUUUCGUAAAGUGGACAAUAUUACAGUCCCAGAUGCUCCCCCGCUUCCUGUGGCGUAUUACCGUUAUAUGGAGAAGUCUGGGGAGGAGCUGGACAAUGAGGCCGAGUAUGACAUGGACGAGGAGGACAUGGCUUGGCUAGAGAUGGUCAAUCAGAAGCGUGUGUCUGACGGCCAUGCUUCGGUCCCUCCUGAUACAUUCGAGUUACUGAUUGACCGACUUGAGCGAGAGUCCAUUUUGGAGUCCCGCAGCCAAGCGUUGUCCCAGAGCACAAUCGAUGAGGAUGCCUACUGUUGUGUUUGCCUUGAUGAUGAGUGUCUCAAUAGCAACGUCAUCCUGUUUUGUGACAUCUGCAACCUCGCCGUGCACCAGGAAUGUUACGGGGUGCCUUACAUCCCUGAGGGCCAGUGGCUGUGCAGGCGAUGUCUGCAGUCCCCGUCCCGACCCGUCGAUUGUGUCCUCUGUCCAAACCGAGGGGGUGCAUUCAAACAAACCAGCGACGGAAGUUGGGCCCACGUCAUCUGUGCCAUAUGGAUUCCUGAAGUGUGCUUUGCCAACACCGUGUUCCUGGAGCCUGUGGAGGGAGUGAAGAACAUUCCUCCUGCGCGGUGGAAGCUCACCUGUUACCUGUGCAAACAGAAGGGCAGGGGCGCGUCUAUUCAGUGCCACAAAGCCAACUGCUACAGGGCGUUUCACGUCACCUGUGCGCAGAGAGCAGGUCUGUAUAUGAAAAUCGACCCAGUGCGUGAGACCGGCACCAAUGGCACCACUUUUACUGUGAAGAAGACUGCUUAUUGCGAGAACCACUCACCUCCUGGCACGGGAACAGAGGGGUAUGAAGAUAACGGGUUGGUUGGGGGCAGGGGUAACAGAGGUCAGAGGUCAUACACAUUAGGCCCUCCACUGCAGCAGAACCAGAACGGGAGGAAAAAAGGGUCAGCGGCACAACAGAAGAAAACGCAGAAGAACUCAGGCGGAGGCUCACGAAAGACAGGAGUCCCACUUCUGCUAGUGCCGCAGAUACCAUCCUUUAGGCUGAACAAGAUUUGCACAGGAGUCUCUGUUGAAAGGAAGAAUCAGUUUAUGCAGAGGCUCCACAAUUACUGGCUGCUAAAGCGUCACUCUCGUAACGGCGUGCCGCUCAUCCGCCGGCUCCAUUCUCAUCUGCAGGCCCAGAAGUCUGAGCAGAGAGAACCAGAUGCAAAGUUGCAGGCGGUCAGGGAAGAGCUGAAGUAUUGGCAGAAGCUUCGCCAGGACCUGGAAAAAGCCAGACUUCUUAUUGAGCUCAUACGAAAGAGGGAGAGACUCAAAAGAGAACAGAUGAAACUUCAGCAGGCUGCACUAGAGCUUCAGCUCACCCCUACGCUGGUGUUUCUACGCACUACACUGGAGCAGCUAAAGGAGAAAGACACUGAUCACAUUUUCACCACACCGGUCAAUUUGAAGGAGGUUCCAGAUUAUCUAGAGUUUGUGACUGUGCCUAUGGACUUUUCAACGAUGCAUGACAAGCUGGAGGCCCAUAAAUACUCAUCAGUGGCAGACUUGGAAAAUGAUUUCAAUCUCAUGGUAUCCAACUGUCUGAGGUACAACUCCAAUGAUACAGUGUUCCACAAAGCAGCCAUGCAGCUCAGAGAGGUGGGCGGAGCCAUCCUGAGACACGCCCAACAUCAGGCCCUCAGCAUAGGCCUGGAUCCAGGCACAGGCAUGCAUCUACCAGACAAGCCCAGCCCACACAACACCACUGUCUCCUGGUGUGAUGAAGUUGACAUGCUCUUGGACCCUGAGAAUCGUGUGCACAUGUGUGCUGAGGACCAGUUGAAAACCCUGCUGGACAAGCUGGAUUUGGUGGCAUCUAUGCGCACAAGUGGAGGCCGCACAAAACGCAUGCGCCUGCUGCGCAGAGAAAUCAACAGCCUUCGCCACAAGAUCAGCCACCAGGACCGAAACUCACGACUGCUGAAUGGGAAAAUUAAAGAGGAGAAGAGCAAAGAUGGCAAGAGUGAGAAGAAGAUGGAUUACAUAACCUCAGAAGACCCUAAGAAAUCAGCAUCACAGAAAGCGCAAGAACCCGCCUGCCCAGCCUCGUCACCUUUACCUGGCGAUGCUCCACCAAAUCCACCUAUAUUCUGUCUCGAGACAGGACGAACCACCACUCCAGCACAGUCAAGUAAACCUGGAAGCAGGAAACAGAGGGCAAAAGGCAAAGACAGAAGCCUGAGAGAAAACCACAAUCAGACCUCAAAAGAAGAUGAGAACUUCCACACAAAAGAGAACGACAGCAGCCCUCAGGAGGACAGGGUUUCCCCUGCAAAGAGCCUAUCUGAUUCACCCAAGAUUGGUGUGGGUCGUCGGACAUCGAUCCUCUUCAAAAAAGCUAAAAACGGAACCAGGCUGACAAAAGACAAGCCUGUUUUAUUGCCAAAUGGAGUCAGCAAAGCUCAGAAUGGUGCAUCACAGGAGCAAAACACGCCAGCUAAAGCACCAUCAACCCCAAAACCUGCUUCUCCAUCCCCUCAUCAGCUAAGAUCCAGAGGACUGAGCACAUGCUCUGAUGGUGAAGGCAUGAAGGCCAACAGUUUGCCAGAAGAGAAUGGCCUCACAAAUGGACUCAAGAGACACAACGGCAGCUCAUCAGAUUCUGAAAACUCCACUCCUGCCUUCCCAACACACAGUUCAUCUCCUCCAAAGCGCAGUCGUGGUAAACCAGCCCUCAGCAAAGUUCCUGUUGAUGAGGAGAAGAAUGAAGUUACUAAUACAAGCAGUGAAGCUUCUCAAAAUGAGGGUGAGAUGGAACCGCUUACUUUGGUUUGGGCAAAAUGUCGUGGAUAUCCCUCAUACCCUGCAAUGAUUGUCGAUCCUAAAAUGCCCCAGGAAGGAAUUCUUCACAACGGCAUUCCUAUCCCAGUGCCUCCUACUGACGUGCUGGAUCUGGGCAAACGCAGACAGGAGGAAUCCGAGGAGAAGCUUUUUCUUGUGCUGUUCUUUGACACAAAGAGAACUUGGCAGUGGCUUCCGCAGGACAAGCUCCAUCACAUGGGCAUUGAUGACACUGUAGACAGACUGCGUUUGAUGGAGGGCAAGAAACCCAAUGUGCGCAAGUCUGUUCACACAGCGUAUGACAGGGCCAUGACGCACUUGAGUCACGUGCAGGAGAACUCCACCUUCAAUCCCUCAAAUUUUAUAUAAAAGACUGCUAGAAUAUGGAUGUCUACACUGACUGUAAGCUGCCAGUGAAGGUACGAUCACAUCAUUCAGAUGUUAUUGGGUUUUACAUAAGUGAAAAUCAGAUUUUUAAAGGGACACUUCACCCAAAAUCUAAAAUGUUCUCACAACUAACUCACACUUAAGUGGUUCCAAACUUUAAUGAUUUUUUUUUCUUCUGUUGAACACAAAGCCAAACAUUCUGAAGAAUGUAAAAAAAGUAGCCAUUGACAUUCAUGGUCAAUGGCUGUUUUUCCUAAAAUACUUCAGCAUGUCUUCAUUCGUGUUCAAGAGAAGAAGGAAACUCAAACAGGUUUAGAACAUGUGGAGGAUGAGUAAAUGAUGACAGAAGUUAAAUUUUUGGGUGAACUAUCCCUUUAAACUCGUGUCUUUUAUGUCCUGUUUUAAACCCUCCAUCAUUCAAGGCACAUCAUAAAUUCAAACCUGGUUUUAUUAAAUGAAUAGUUCACUCAAAAAUGAACAUUUCCUGAUUAUUUACUCAGUCCUGGGGCAUUUAAGAUGUAUUUGACUUUUUAUCUUCUUCUGCCAAAGAGAAGUCAAGGUUUUGGAAACCAUUUUUCUUCGUCUAAUGCAAGUAAACGAGGCUCAGUGUACAAUAUGUUUGACAUUCCAAAAUCCAUUUGAAUCCACAUGACCCCAGUAAAUAAAUACAGUUAUUUUCAUAAAGGAGCUAAAAUAAGGAUGCACUUCUUUUUAUAUCACAUUAACAAGAUGGUUUAGCUCACAAAGACCGUCCAAUAAGACCAUUAUUUGUUGGCCUGGUGUCACUUUGAAGCAAAUUUCAAACAAAUUUCAGACCAUCAAAAUGAUCAACAUCAAGCCCUUUUUGCUUACAUUAGAUGUAGAAAAAUCCUCCAAAAUUAUGGUUGAAACUUAUACAUCUUGGAUGGCCUGGUGGGUGGAUAAAUAGAGCACAACAGCUUCUGGUUAUGGAAGUAAAAAGCAUUUAUUUACUGAUAAACCCUUAAAGACAGAGCUGUUGUGAGUAUUCAUAUGCGUAUGCUAUUUUUCAACUCAUUCUCAUGAAUUUGACAAACAGUUUUUUAAUAGUAGAAUCUUUAUAGAAAAACCUACAUUCCACCAAUCAGUCAUGACAAACAAAGUGCACCAAAACAAAUCUUUAGCUCUAUACACUCUUAUGAAGCACUGCAAAUAGCAUCUCUGUAGAUAUAAAAGUAUUUAUGAAAAGUUGUUACUCGUUUGUAGAUUUUUAAUCUGAUUAUGUAAUUCAGAGCUUGAUGGAAUUGUACACUACCUGACAAAAGUCUUGUUGUCGGCCCCAGUUGUAAGAGUAAGAAAUAAUAACUUGACUUCUAGUUGAUCAUUUGGAAAAGUGGCAGAAGGUUGAUUUUUUUUCCCAUGAAUCAUCUGUUGAACUGCAUCCCAAUCAUCACAAAUACUGCAGAAGACCUACUGGAACCCGCAUGGACCCAAGAUUCUCACAGAAAUUCGUCAAGUUUGGUGAAGGAAAAAUCGUAGUUUGGGGUUAUGUUCAGUAUGGGGGCGUGUGAGAGAUCUGUAGAGUGGAUGGCAACAUCAACAGCCUGAGGUAUCAAGACAUUUGUGCUGCCCAUUACAUUACAAACCACAGGAGAGGGCAAAUUCUUCAGCAGGAUAGCGCUCCUCAUACUUCAGCCUCCACAUCAAAGUUCCUGAAAGCAAAGAAGGUCAAGGUGCUCCAGGAUUGGCCAGCCCAACUACCAGACAUGAACAUUAUUGAGCAUGUCUGGGGUAAGAUGGAGGAGGCAUUGAAGAUGAAUCCAAAGGAUCUUGAUGAACUCUGGGAGUCCUGCAAGAACACUUUGUUGGCCCUUCCAGAUGACUUUAUUAAUAAGUUAUUUGAGUCAUUGCAGAGAUGUAUGGAUGUAGUCAUCCAAGCUCAUGGGAGUCAUACACAAUAUUAAUUCUUUUUCCACUGCAGCAUGACUUUAUAUUUUUUACUGUACAUUAUUUCUGUUAAGUGACAAGACUUUUGUCUGAGCAAAGUCAGAUCUUACUGUCCUAUUUAAUUAAUUAAAAAUUAAGGCAUGAUCAUAUUUUAUUUUGGUGAAAUAAGCGUAAUCUAGAGGCCUUUGCCUUUCAUAUAAGACACCUCUGAUACCAAAUGAUCAACUAGAAGUCAAGUUAUCAUUUGUUGUUCCUAAAACUUGGAUAGACAACAAGACUUUUGUCAGGUUCAGGUUUUGUCAGGACUUUAUGCUAGUUCUUGGCCUCAUUAAAGGGAUAGUUCAUUCAAAAAUGAAAAUACUGUCAUAAUUUACUCACAAAACCUAUUUGAGUUUCUUCUGUUGAACCCAAAAGAAGAUAUUUUGAAGAAUGCUAGCACUUAUUGACUUCCAUAAUAUUUUUUUCUACUGUAGAGGUAAAUGAGUGCCAGCAAGCAGCAUUUUACAAAAUAUCUACUUAUCUUUAACAGAAGAAAUAACUAUAAGUUUGAAAUCAGACGAAGGAGAAUAAAUGAUUUUGGGAGAACUAUCUCUUUAAGUUCAGUCUUAUUUUUAUACUUGUUUAUAAAACAUAUCAAAUGUAAUUCUGGUUUAUUAUUUUGGUUCAUGGUUGAUGAUGCUUCAAUGGAGUUUUUUUUUAAUCUCUAAGACAAAAAAAUGACCAAAAAUCAGGAAAAUGACUUUUUUAGUGAACUGUUCCUUUAAUUUGUAACAUUCUCUUGCAACCAAGAUUUAGUUUUACAUUCAGUUGUUAUAAUUGCACUUAUUUCUCUUCAAGUUUUGCCACUUGUUGUUUUUGUCACUGUUUUGAAUGUGAGCUGAUGGUCUCACACACCAGCGUUCAGCCAGUGUGACUCAGGAACUUUGUGCUAGACUGCAUUUCUGGACGGAGGAUUUAGUGAAAUGCACAAGCACAAAAACAGCCCUGUUGUUCUCAGAUCUGCGUGAUCUGCAUAUAUGCUCUUCGUCUUUAUCAGGUUCCGAGCGUCUGGUGUUUGUAAACCAUCGCUAGUUUAACCUACUGUGAGAUGCCAUUGAUGACAUUCACUUCUUUGGCGCUACUUAAUCCCAGCCACCUAUUUUAUGUCCGUUUAUUGUUCAUAUGUGGCCAUUUAUUUAAAAAAUAACGAUGAGAAGUAGAAAGCAAGAAAGAAAGGAUGUGAGCUUGUAAUUGUGAGUGGAGAUCACUGUGUAAAUAUAAAUGCAUGUAUGUAGAAAGUAUGCAAAGAUGUUGUUUUUAAAAAUCUGAAAUGUAAAUUAAUGACAAAUUUGUACGUCAUUUUAAUUUAUUUGGAGUGCUUAUGGAAAAGUUAUUUAAUAGUAAUUUAACAGCUCCGCAGAGCUUUAUAUUGUCCGGAAAGCAUUAAUGAAAUUGUUUCUUAGUGGUCUACGGUGAGAGAACAUUAUAGAAUCAAAUGUUAUGUAGUCUCUUAGAUCAUGUACGCAGAGUAAAGAGAAACGUGAUUUUUUUUUUUUAAGCCUGUGAAAAAGCUAAUAGUACCAAAUGAAAAAUGUCUGAAACAGUAUUUUCUCAACCGAGAAAUAAAAACACUGUUGCGCUGA